AUGUCUUGGGCAACCUCAGGCCCUGGCCUUUGGGCCGCGACUGCAGGAGUCCUGUUCCUACUCUGGGUCACCUACAGCAUCAUCUACACUUUUUGCUGGUCCCCUCUGCGCCAUUUCCCCGGCCCAAAGCUAUGGGCAAUAUCUCGCAUCCCGUCAAAUAUCUCCGUCCUCAGUGGUUAUAACCACCUAGAUAUCCUGGACCUGCACAAGAAGUACGGCCCCAUACUGCGUAUUGGACCCAAUGAGCUGGCCUUCAGCACAGCACAGGCCUUUCGCGACAUAUAUGGUGCCAGACCUGGCGGUUGCUUCCCUAAGAAUCGGAGCAAUUAUAUAGCCCCGGCGAAUGGGGUCGAUCAUUUGGUCUGUGCGAUUGAUAAUGCGACGCAUGCAAGACAGAGACGGUUGCUGUCCCAUGCCUUCUCUGACAAGGCUUUAAGAGACCAAGAAGGUCUUGUCAUAGGCUAUGUUGAUAUCUUGAUCACAAAACUGCAGUCUCAAGUUUGGCAGGGGAAGCCCAUUGUCGAUAUCAAAAAUUGGAUGAACUUCACCACUUUUGAUAUCACCGGUGACCUGAUGUUCGGGGAGUCCUUCGACUGCCUGAAGGACAGCCAGCUUCACCCAUGGAUUAAGUUGAUCUUCAACUCCAUGAAGGCCAUUGCCUAUAUUGGAGCUGCGAAUCAAUUCCCCGUGCUCAAGGGCAUCCUGGACUUUCUCAUUCCGCGAGAAGUCAAGCGUGUCGGCAAAGAACACUUUCAGCUGAGUGCGCAGAAGGUCGACCGACGCUUGGAAUUGACUAUGCCCCGUUCGGACUUUAUGUCUGCUAUUACCCAGCAUGGACUUAGCGAGGAUAAGGGCCAGUAUCGCGACAGCGAGCGUAUUAUGACUCGGGCUGAAAUUCAUUCUAAUGGGUUCAUUCUAAUCGUAGCUGGUAGCGAAACAUCCGCAACCCUACUAUCCGGCUGUAUAUUCUACCUAUGUUCAAGUCCACACGUCAUGAGCCGACUCGUCGCCGAGAUCCGCUCAACUUUCAAACAGGACAGCGAAAUGACCUUCCGCGCCGUCGAAGACCUGAAGUACAUGGAUGCUGUCAUCGAGGAAUCGCUGCGUAUCUACCCGCCUUUCGUGACGAAUCUGUCGCGUGUUGUGCCACGAGGUGGAGCACUUGUGAACGGCCGUUUUGUCCCUGAGAAUACAACUGUGGCAUGUCACCACUACGCCUCCUACCAUUCCGAGUCCAACUUCGUCUUCCCGGAUAAGUUCAUGCCAGAGCGCUGGCUGGGAUCAGACCCGGUCUUCAAUAAUGAUAAGAGAGAUGUCCUCCAGCCAUUCAGCCUUGGUCCACGCGUCUGUCUUGGAAAACAUCUAGCAAACUGUGAGAUGCGUCUCAUCCUAUGUAAACUCCUCUACCACUUCGACAUAGCAUUAUGCCCAGAGAGCACCAAUUGGGCUGACCAGAAAGCCUAUUUCCUUUGGGAUAAGCCGGCUCUCAUGGUCACGCUGAAAGACCGAUUUCCCAACGCGGGUUUGUCGAGUUUUGAGGAGCCCAUGGCUCUGUUAUCCUGA